UGUCAUAAUUUUGUGUCAGUUUAUUUAAUUUUUUUCUCUUCGAAAUGGUAAAGUUAAUUGAAAAUGUACUCAAAGAAAGGAACCUUAAAGAAGUAAAGUACUUUAAGAUAUACGACUCUUACCGACAUGUAUAUAACAAACCUCUUUUGACUACAAAAUUCUAUUCGAAACAUGAAGGCGACUUCGAAGAUUUAAAUAUGGAGAUCAUGAAUCGAAUUCGAUUAAACUAUCUAGAGGGACCCAAAGAAAAAUAUAAAAAACCUGUGACCUCAAACCAAGAGUACGGUUGGUAUCCGAGAUUCAGUGAACAUGAUCCAAGAUUUGGUUUUCCUCGUGUCAUUGAUAAAACCACCGAGGUAAUGUUGGAAUUAAGGAGACAGACUAAAAACGAGCCCAAAUUUACUGGAGUGCCAUUUUUAUUACAAUAAUACUUCUUCGCGAGGAAAAAAACAAAUAUAUUUGUUAAAAUAAUGCCUUUCUUCAAGUUUUACAAUGACAACACAGAAUAAAUAAAUACUAACA